UGGUUUGUAUUUCCUUGUUGCUGCUGGCCUGCGAAGCGUUUUAUUAGGUACUGGAUUCCUGUGGUGUUAUUUCUUAGUAUUAGCAACAGGUAUCAGAUAUGUCUGACCGUGGACGAGGGAGAGCUAGAGGUCGUGCGGGGAGAGGCGGAGAUGGUAGUGGACAGCAGCCGAGGCGUCCAGGGCAGCAAGGUCAUCCUCAACAGCAGGGGCCUCAGCAGCCAGGGCCUCAGCAGCCAGGGCCUCAGCAGCAAGGGCCUCCUCGGGCGCCUCAACCGGGACCUCGACCGCAACCCCCAUCAGCUUGGGGCCCACCUUCAGUUGCACCUCCCAUUAGGGCUGGUAUGCCUACACAAUCUGUAGGCAGAGCGUCCCAUCGCAGUACUCCUUCGACACAUGAUCAUCCUGGAGAUGUUGAUAUUCAGCAGAGAAUGCAAGCCAUGGCUCUAGCUCAAGCGCAGCCGUCUACUAGUGGUGGUGGUGGUGGUGGAGAUGCUGGUGCACCAGUUGUUGGUCGUGGAUCUCGCAGAGGAGGUGGACGUAUCUUGCCAGAGCAAGUACAAAUCUUGCGCACUCGUCCUGAAACAAUAACAUCAAAGAAAGGAAAUUCUGGAACACCAUUGGAUUUAACUGCAAACUAUUUUACGGUUGAGACUACACCAAAUUGGUCUCUUUAUCAAUAUCAUGUUGAUUUCUCUCCAGAUGAGGAUAGUACUGGAGUUCGUAAAGCAUUACUACGCAUACAUGCUAAAACACUUGGAGGAUAUAUAUUUGACGGUUCUGUCCUUUAUACUGUCCAACGAUUGCACCCAGAACCGAUGGAAUUAUACUCGGAUCGCAAAACGGAUAAUGCCCGUAUGCGAAUUUUAAUAAAGCUAACCUGCCAAGUUAGCCCAGGUGAUUACCAUUACAUCCAGAUAUUUAACAUUAUCAUAAGAUCAUGCUUCAACCUGAUGCAACUGCAACUUAUGAAUAGAGAUUUCUUUGAUCCUUCCGCUAAGGUAGAUAUUCCUGAAUAUAAACUGCAAAUAUGGCCAGGAUACAAAACUACUAUUAAUCAAUAUGAGGAUCGGCUUCUAAUGGUCACUGAAAUCACGCACAAAGUUAUACGUUUGGAUACAGUGCAUCUCAUGGUUAAAGAAUAUAUAGCAACGAAAGGUAAUAAUUAUAAAAAAAUAUUCAAUGACGAUAUUAUAGGUCAAAUUGUUAUGACGGACUAUAAUAAAAAGACAUACAGUGUUGAUGAUGUUACAUGGGAAGAAACACCAGAGUCCACAUUCCGUAUGAAAGACGAAAAUAUCUCGUACGUUGAUUAUUAUAAAAAGAAAUACAACUUAACGAUUACCGACAUGAAGCAGCCGCUGUUAAUACAUCGCUCCAAGGCCCGCGACAUCCGCGCCGGGAUGCCCGAGCUAGUUUACCUCAUUCCGGAACUGUGUCGUCAGACUGGCCUCACUGAUGAAAUGCGCUCAAACUUCCAACUCAUGAAGACGCUCGCUGUCCACACUAAGAUCGGACCGGACGCCCGUAUACAAAGACUCCUACACUUUAACCGCCGUCUCACUCAGAACAAGCAAGUUGUUGAGGAACUAGCAAAAUGGAAUAUGAAACUGUCAAAUACUUUAGUGCGUUUUAAAGGUCGUCAACUUCCAAACGAAAUAAUCGUACAAGAUACACACUCUAUUUCGGCGGGUAAUACUAAUGAUGGCUGGACCAGGGAUAUGCGAUCUAAAAAGCUGCAUAUGAUUGCAAGUCUACCUUCUUGGGUUCUAAUAACACCUGACCGACAAAGAAAAGAUGCAGAAAACUUUGUGGAGUUGAUUAUGAAAACUGGUAACGGAAUGGGUUUCAGAAUGCCUAGACCAGAUAUAGUGACACUUCAACGAGAUGGGCAUAUGGACUACGCCAAUGUCUGUGAAAAUGUUGUUGCAAGAAAAAAUCCUGCAUUGCUUUUAUGUGUAUUGGCUCGAAAUAGUACAGACAGGUAUGAAGCCAUAAAGAAGAAAUGCACAGUAGAUCGCGCUGUACCCACCCAAGUGAUCUGCGCACGAAACAUGACAAGUAAAUCGGCUAUGUCUAUAGCUACUAAAGUGGCCAUUCAAAUCAAUUGUAAGCUGGGCGGCGCGCCGUGGUCGCUGGACGUGCCCAUCCCGCACUUCAUGGUGGCGGGCUACGACGUGUGCCACGACACUCGCCACAAGGAGCGCAGCUACGGCGCCUUCGUGUCCACGCUCAACAAGCAGAUGACGCAGUACUACUCCAGCGUCAAUGCGCACACGUCGGGCGAAGAGCUUAGCGCGCACAUCGGCUUCAACAUGGCCACCGCCGUGCGCCGCUACCAGGAACGGAACGGUGCUUUACCUGGGCGCAUCUUUUUCUAUCGUGAUGGCGUAGGGGAUGGCCAAAUACCUUACGUGAAAAGUCACGAGGUAGACGAGAUUAAAAAAAGUCUUGCGGAGAUCUACGCGCCUAAUCAACCGAGAUUGGCGUUCAUCAUCGUGUCAAAGCGAAUCAACACCAGAGUUUUUGUAGACUGCGGUCGCACCGGCGAAAACCCAAGGCCGGGAACGGUAAUAGACGACGUGAUCACGUUGCCAGAACGUUAUGACUUCUUUUUGGUGUCUCAAAAUGUACGGGAAGGAACUAUUGCUCCCACGUCGUACAACGUCAUCGAAGAUACGGCAUGCUUGCCGCCAGACCGCCUGCAGCGCCUGACGUACAAGCUGACACACAUGUACUACAACUGCUCGACGCAGGUUCGCGUGCCGUCCGUGUGCCAGUACGCACACAAGCUGGCCUUCCUCGCCGCCAACAGCCUGCACGGCCCGCCGCAUUACACGCUCAGCGACACCCUCUACUUCCUUUAAAUCUCUUUUUUUUUUUCUUUUUUUUUUUAUUAUGUAAGCUUUCAAACCCACCUCACGUUGCCUUUUUUUUAUUUACGAGACCGAAUGGUCCUUUUUUUCGUAUGUAGUUUCUUUAUUGUAUUUAAAUAGAUCUAAUUAAACAACUAAGAAAAAAUCAACAUCAAUCAUUUAAUGUCAUCUUCUUCGUAAGAUGACAUGUAUGUUUAAAUAAGGCAUAGUGAUGUUGCUCUCUAAAAAAGGCCAUAAUGUUCGAUGUUCCUGUGUGUUAAAUUGAAAGUCAAUGUUUGAUACAUUUUAUAUACCUAAAUGAUGACAACCUGUAAUAAAACUUUUUGAUGUCUAUAUAUUAUGCAGCUUCUUACGACUGCUAAUAUAUUAAAUGUUUUUGGCGAUUGUUUACUGAUUCUAGAAAUUCGUUUCUCGUCAGAAUACACGUUAACUGAAUGUCUAGUGCGAGUUUCGUUUGAUCCAUCUCGCAAUAACGGGCGUAAUUUUUAACUUCAUUUUAUAUGAGAAGUUCGGGAAUUCAACCUAGUUGUCGCGUUUGCCGCUAGAUGACUGUAUCGAUUGUAUCGUAUAUUCUUUAUCGUCUAGGCUGCACUGUUUAAAUUCCCAUGAAAAUAAUCUUCACGUAUAAACGCGUUUCUGUCAUGUUUCUGUAAAUAAAACUUGCACUAGCCACUCUGUUGUGAUCAUCUGAAAAUUUUACUUCGAUCAAAUCCUUAACUCAGAAUAUAUGUCCAAACAUUCAGACAUAUUUGUUCUGGAGAACACAAAAUAUUUACGUCUUGUACGUAUAUAAAAAAUCAAUAUUUCUGUGUUCAAUAAACAUAGAAGUUAUACUCUAUCUUUAUCAGUUAUCUUUUGCUCUAUAUGAUUAUCUCUAUAGUAAAGGAAAGGAGGACCGACUUCGUAUUUUAGUCGUUUCCAUAUUCUACUUUACUUAGUUUUAGUUUUUUUUUGAAUGUGUCAUCUUGUUUUAGAUUUAAGAUGUUUAUUUAAGUUACUGAUAAGGGCUAACUUUUGUCAAAACAAAUUGAUUAAUUCAUGUUAACCUUAUUAUACUCGUGUUAAAUAUUUAAGAACCACAUAUUUUAAUUAUUCUUUCUGCGAAUAAACCCAAAUACGGGUAUUUAUGACUGCUUUCAGCUAUUUCCUAAAGUAAAGUUUAAAAAAAAAACAUCUUUAACUGUUGAUAGUUUUUUAAAUAUCUUAUAUUUAGAGAUUACUUUUGUACUUUGAAUAAAGUAUUAUUUUCUUAA